AGGAGAGUGACGGGUAAGAGAGUCUUCAUCAGUCAUUUAAGUUUCUCUUCUCCAAAAAGGCGUUUCCUCCUCUUUUGAUUCAAAACCUCUCACUCACUCCUCACCAAAUCUCUCCAGAUCUCACCGGAGAAAGCAGAGAUUAACACCGUGUGAAGUCAAAUCUCUGCUUGGAUCUCUCACAUCUAAAGUCCGAUCUGGGUUUUAAACAAAAAGAUUCGAUCUUUGGGGUGAGUAGAAUGGCGGAAUCAGGAGGAGGAGGAGGAGGAGGAGGAGGAGGAGGGUGGAGAGAUUCUUAUAAAGGGAUGUCCUCUGAUAACAUCAAGGGCUUGGUCUUAGCCAUUUCCUCCAGCUUAUUCAUCGGAGCUAGCUUCAUCGUCAAGAAGAAAGGUCUCAAGAAAGCAGGAGCCACUGGCACUAGGGCUGGUGUUGGUGGGUACUCUUAUCUUUACGAGCCUCUUUGGUGGAUCGGCGUCACAACUAUGUUACUUGGUGAGAUUGCGAAUUUUGCUGCUUAUGCAUUUGCUCCGGCUAUACUUGUUACUCCUCUUGGCGCACUCAGUAUCAUUAUCAGUGCUGUCUUAGCUCAUAUCAUAUUACUUGAGAAGCUACACAUAUUUGGAGUACUUGGCUGUGCCUUAUGCGUUGUGGGUUCCACCACCAUUGUCUUACAUGCCCCUCAAGAGCAAGAGAUUGGUUCUGUGCUUGAAGUUUGGAAUCUUGCAACAGAACCAGCAUUCAUGUUCUAUGCGAGCCUGAUCAUUGGGGCAGCUGUGUUUCUCAUCAUCCGUUAUGUGCCUCAAUAUGGGCAGACAAAUGUAAUGGUCUACAUCGGUAUCUGUUCGCUUGUCGGCUCAUUAUCGGUAAUGAGCGUUAAAGCACUUGGAAUAGCACUGAAGCUGACAUUUUCUGGGACAAAUCAAUUAUUUUAUCCUCAAACUUGGGUUUUUACCUUGGUCGUACUCACCUGUGUGAUUACCCAAUUGAACUACUUAAACAAGGCUCUUGAUACAUUCAAUACAGCUAUAGUAUCUCCUAUAUACUAUGUAAUGUUCACAUCACUAACUAUAUUGGCCAGUGUUAUCAUGUUUAAGGACUGGGACAGGCAAAAUGGUACGCAGAUUGUUACAGAGAUGUGUGGAUUUGUUACAAUACUUUCAGGCACUUUUCUUCUCCAUAGAACCAAGGACAUGGUCGAGGGUUCACCGGUAAUAUUACCAGUGCGUAUAAGCAAGCAAGUGGAUGAGGAUGGGUUUGAAUCAGAAGGCAUUCCACUUAGACGCCAAGAAUCUCUCCGGUCACCUUAAAGGAUUUAUUGCUCAGCUAGAGAGGCUCAAUUUUUUUUUAAUCUCAAAUCUAUUAUGAACAUGGACCUUGGUUCUUCAUCAAAUACAGAUGGUUCAAGAAGAGAGAGGAAAGUAAAAAGAAGCAAAGAGGAGGAGAUCUCAUGGUAAAUAUGUUGUUACUUGAUCAAACAUACGGUAUUACCACACACCCAUGCAUAAACCCUUUUGUGACCUUCAAGAUUUUUUUAUAUAACAGAGAUGGGUUGUGCUUAAA